AUGGUGAAGCUGCUGCAAAGGCUGCGGGCUUCGUGGCCAGAGCUGAGGGCUUCAGUGGAGGGUGCUUUCGAAUCUGGAUCGCACAUCAGGACGAAAGAUCUUGCACAGGCCCUGAAACAGGUUCUGCAGUUUCGGAGGCAACUCAGUGCUGCUGUCCCGAGCAUCGAAGCUUUGUGUGAUUCCUUGGAAGACGCAACGGAACAGGUCCGUCAGCGGGAAGAGGAGCGCUUGCGGUUCAAAGCCAUGACGAGGGACGUGCUCGACGGCCAGAACAAGGGAAUCCUCCGACAAAAUUGGAACGAUACAGAGAAGAUUAGCAUGGCCCCUGCGCAAGGCCGUGGAGAUACAUCGUUUGCGGGCCAGCCUGCUGCCGGUUCCAAAAACAAAAGCUCUGGCGGUUCCGGCAAGAAUGACAUGCGCCAAACUCCGCGGCUGGAGCGAAACGUGCAAAUUCGAUUGCAGUUUCAAUCUCCGGAAAUCUACAACACAGAUAUUGGCGCUGAACAACGGGGCCAGGGGAGGAUUUACGGAUGCAAGUCCCCAGAUGCAGAUGGAAUAGGCGAGGCUGUGAUGCUGCAUCCAGAGAUCGCGCUCAAUGCUUUGCCACCAAUCUUUGGAGGAAAGCGUGGAGUACAUGUCCACUUGGAGGAUUUAACAGAUCAUAAAGUCUUUUGGGAUGCUGACUUCAAACUGCCGAUGUUUGACCCAAUCAUGAAUAUCGUUGGCAAGACGCGCAUAAAAAAGACCACAGCGCCCAUGAACAUGGCAGACCAGUUCCACAAGCCUUGUGUUCCUAAGGACGAUAUGAGGCCACAUUUUUUUGAUUUGAGCAUUCGGACUCUGGGCAAGUACUGGGACGAUAUCGUGGAGGAGUGGCGGCCCAACAAAGGUUUCAAGGACAACGGCCCGGAGGCCCACAUUGGGUUUCUUGUGCAACGAAUGCCCAAGCUGUCGGCCGACGGGAAGGAGGAGAUGCUUGGCGUGUGGAAGAGAAAAGGGUCUCCAAUCGCAGCAGAAGGUGAUGUAAUUCAGGAUCCUUUCGAGCGAGCACUUGCUGGGCAUGAGGAUCCUUUCUACGAGAAGUCGAAAGGAACCACUCGGCGCGGGUACUACGAUCACAUCAUCAACAGGCGAGCCGAACCAGGGCUCGCCGAACACGGCGAGGACGGCGAGGCGCUUGCUGCCCGUGUGUCUGCCGUCCUGUGGCUGAGACGAUGUGGUCGUUCCGGUACCCCAAAGCCAGAUCAGUCAAGGUUCGACAUUGAACAGGCCUCAGAGGCACUUGAGCGCAAUCUGGAGGCUGCAAAGGAUAUGGAGAGCCGGCUCGUGAAAGGCGCUGGGACAGUCAUGAAGAGGGAGGCAUGCCACCAAGUGGUGCAGCGCACGGUUGCCAGAUUGUCCGUCUUGCGGGGCAAAGUUCUUACCGCUGCAGAGACGGUCUCAGCUGCCAGGGCAGACUUAGCCGGAGCUCGGCGAAGCAGCCAGUUGGCUCUGACAGAAGCAGCUGCAACAGCGCUGGAGCAGCUUAUGCUCGCGUUGGAUGAGGCAACCUCACAUGUGGAUGCUGGUGGUGGCCAGCGCUCCCGCACCGAAGCGCAGGCUGCCAUGACAGCUGGUGGAGAGUCGCCGACGUCACCGACUUCGGCGGUUGUGGACAUGCCCCGAGGGGCUCCGCCCGAAAUGUUGCAGGAUUUGCAGACUUCUCCAAGCCUGGGCUUGUUGCUGUGA